AAGUGUCUUUGUUGUUGCCUUUAGUACUCUGGCACGAGCCCUCUAAGCAAAUAUGCGUUUGAGGGUAGGAGGGGAUUGCGCAUGCGCAUAGCAGACAGUGACCGGUGAAUUGUCGUAGACAGCUGUGAGCUGAGUGGAGCAGAAGAGGAAACACCAGUUCAUCAGGUUAUCUUCAUUCAAAGAGGCUGAUUGUACAGAUACUUGGACACUAACUGACUCAUACCACACUUACACACACAGUUUGAUGAAAAAGCAGACUGAUAGGAGAUGUGUGCUGCUGUGUACAUCCUGUCAACGGUAACGGGCUACGUGCUCACUUCUGCCCUGCUGCUGAAAUGCCCAAAUCUUUUAUACCGUAGGAAGCGAGAGGCUUUCCUCAGCAGGCACAUUUCUCAUCGAGGUGGAGCAGGUGAAAACCUGGAAAACACCAUGGCAGCUUUCAAGCAUGCUGUGGAUCUUGGCACAGACAUGCUGGAGUUGGACUGCCAGCUGACGAAAGACGAACAGGUAGUUGUGUCACAUGACUCGUGUUUGCAGAGGGCUUCAGGCAUCAACGCCCGCAUCUCUGACAUGUGCUACGCUGAGCUCCCUCCGUACCUCUGCAAGCUGGGUGUAACUUUUCAGAGGGAGUGUUUCUGUGAGGGAGGAGAGGACAAACGUAUCCCUCUCCUCAGGGACGUUUUUGAAGCAUUUCCCAAUACCCCUGUCAACAUUGACAUCAAGGUCAACAACGACAUACUCAUCAAAAAGGUCUCUGAGCUGGUCGUUGAGUACGACAGAGAGCACCUGACGGUCUGGGGUAACGCCAGCAACCAGAUUGUAAAGAAGUGUUACAAAGAGAACCCUCGUAUCCCAGUGUUGUUCAGCCUUCCCAGAGUAUUGCAGUUAUUAGGCCUCUUCUACACAGGCCUUCUGCCGUUUGUUCCCCUCAAAGAGCAGUUUCUGGAGAUCCCCAUGCCCUCCAUUAUCACCAAACUACAGGAUCCCAACAGAUUAACCAGGGGUCAGCGAAUCAUGACCUGGCUAGCAGACACUUUGCUGAUGAGGAAAGCUCUGUUUGAGCAUCUAACUGCCAGGGGAAUACAGGUGUACAUUUGGGUGCUGAAUGACGAGGAGGACUUUCAGAGGGCGUUUGACUUGGGCGCCACGGGAGUUAUGACAGAUUUUCCCACCAGGCUUAAAGACUUCAUGGACAGGAAUGGCAUUUCUAAGCCCCGGUGACCUGCCAAAAUCUACCUCACCCCCCCGCCACACACCACCAGUGAUUAUCCUUCAACCUGACUGACCUGCCAAACCAGUCUCCCCCUCAAGUGCACCCACUUUUACUGCAUGCAUUCCAGCAGGGCUCCUCUAUACAGCAAUAAGCUGUUGUACUGGUAAACAAACCUGUGUAUUUUCAAUCAUGUAAAAUACUUUUAAAGGACACACACUGCAUCUGCCAUCAUCCCCUCUGAAGUUAUGUUCUCUGUAGGUUUUUUGUUCCCUCACUAGAUACCUUCCUAUCAGUAUCAAACAGCUAUUUAAAACCACAAAACCUUUUUAAUAUGUCUAUAACGUGGGACAAAAUCGUUAUUGAAAUAUAGUAUUUGCAAGUCUUACAGCUUUGAAUUUCAAAAUUAACAGCUUUUGACUUGAAAAUGUUUUUUUUAAGUUUUACAGAUGCAAAGACAUUCAGGCUUUUUUAACGCCAUCAAGCAAUGAGACUUUGCAGUAUUACUGUGUUCAAGUACUGCACGAGCAGAUGCAGUUUGAUGUUACUUCACCAGCAACUUUACAGUGUUUCGAUGUCUGAUUUUGUUUUCCUUUUUACAAGCUGACUGUCACUUAGCACACGCAAUAACACACCGAUCUUAGCAGUUGUGAGAUUGCCACAUGCAGUCAGACAUUUGCUACUUGUCGCAAAUAGCGUCGUCAAGUUUCACAUGAGCAGUGUGAGCACUGAGGCUAGUCGUGCCACUGCUGAGUACUUACAUUUCAAAGGCACAUUCAGUUGUGGACGGCUCUGUAAAAAACCCCCACUGUUUUUAAUGUUGCAUAGCUGUGCUUUAUGAUCAUAUGUAGUUGCUCUGUCUUUACAUUUUCCUCUGAAUCAAAUGAAAUGCCUGAGGCUGACUGAGUUUGUCCAUUAAUGGAUCUGAGACAGAAAUUUUGCACAAAGAGAAACCUCAUCUUGUUUGUUUAAGUGAUGAAUCGUACCUUUUUCACCUGUUAAUAUAAUCGUGAACAUUUUUUAACGUAUGGGCUUUAAAGUGUAUUGGACAUACAGUGUAAGCGCCGAUACGUGUUGAUUUAUUGCUUGAUUGCAGUCACUUGAAAUGUAUUAAAGAUGGCAGCACUUUAGCAGUUCGUCUCUGUCGGUGUCACAGUUUAAAAGUGUGAGGAUCAUGUUGAUUAUCAUACCACUGACAUACUCUAAUCCAAACGUGUGACCACACAGUGAGGGUCAGUACUGAAUGUAGUUAUGGUCGAAUGUACUGUACGUUGUUUGAUAUUUUACAGUAAAAACAGUAUUGCUGUUUUAUUUUCUUUA